CAGCGGCGCCACACUCUCAGCCCACAGUUCCAGAGGAGACCCAAAGACUUCAGUCUGUCAGACAACGUUUCUGUCGAGCUCGGGUAACAAAACAAGCGGAGCAGGACCCGUCCCGCUCUCCGGGACAGAUUAUCAGAUUAUUACCAGGACGCGUUCCCGCUCUAUUCCCCGGGACGUCAGCUCACACUCCGCUUUCAGGAUACAAGUUAUUUACAGCAGCGAAGCGGAGAUCCUGGAAGAUGGGUCCAGUCCCCGCGAUAUCAGUCCUUCUUUUGGGCAUUGUGGUUCCAGCGCUGGGUGGCUACAUUGAGGCGCUAGCAGCCAAUGCAGGCACAGGGUUUGCAGUGGCCGAGCCACAGGUGGCCAUGUUCUGCGGGAAGCUCAACAUGCAUGUGAACAUUCAGACCGGCCGCUGGGAGCCAGACCCAUCCGGAACCAAGAGCUGCGUAGGAACCAAAGAAGGCGUGCUGCAGUACUGCCAGGAGAUGUAUCCCGAGCUUCAAAUCACAAACGUGGUGGAAGGCAACCAGCCAAUUCGCAUCGAGAACUGGUGCAAGACGGAGAAGAAGGUGUGCAAAGGGCACGCCCACAUUGUGGUGCCUUACAAAUGCUUAGUGGGCGAGUUUGUGAGUGACGUGCUUCUGGUUCCAGAGAAGUGCCAGUUCUUCCACAAGGAGCGUAAGGACAUGUGCGUCAGCCAUCAGCAGUGGCACGGAGUGGCCAAGGAGGCCUGCUCCAAGAGCUCCAUGAUGCUGCACAGCUACGGCAUGCUGCUGCCCUGCGGCAUUGACAAGUUCCACGGCACCGAGUAUGUGUGCUGCCCCUCGUCCCGCUCCGGGGAGGCUGCUCCACCUGCCAUGCCCACCGAGGAGGACGAUGAAGAGGAGCAGGUGGAGGAUGAGGAGAUUGACGAGACCGACAUGGAAGAAGACUACGUCGUAGAGGACAGUGAGGCACCGGCUGAGGAGCAGCCCACACAGAAGGAGGAGCCGCUGGGCGACGACGAAGACGAGGAAGAGGACGAGGAGGAGUACCACUACGUCUAUGAGGACGAGGAGGCAGACAAGGAGGACGAGUAUGAGAAGAAGGAGAGCCGCAAAAUGCCAGAGAGCCAGGACGAGGACAAGACUCUGCAGGAAGUGAAAGCGGUGUGCAUCCUGGAGGCUGAGACCGGCCCCUGCCGAGCCUCCAUGCCCCGCUGGCACUUCGACUUGAGCCAGAGGAAGUGUGUGCGCUUCAUUUACGGGGGCUGUGCCGGCAACCGCAACAAUUUCGACUCAGAGGAGUACUGCAUGGCCGUGUGCAAGCGCCUGACCAUGUCACCAACCCCUCAGCCCACUGAUGAUGUGGACAUCUACUUUGAGACCCCCGCUGACGACAAGGAGCACAGUCGCUUCCAGAGGGCCAAGGAGCAGCUAGAGAUCAGGCACCGCAACCGCAUGGAGAGGGUGAGGAAAGAGUGGGAGGAAGCUGAUCGUCAGGCUAAGAACCUGCCCAAGGCUGAGCGGCAGACAUUGAUUCAGCACUUCCAAGCCAUGGUGGAGUCCCUGGAGGAGGAGGCAGCCAGCGAGAAGCAGCAGCUGGUGGAGACUCAUCUGGCCCGGGUGGAGGCCAUGCUGAACGACCGGCGCCGUCUGGCCCUGGAGAACUACCUGGCUGCCCUGCAGGCCGACCCCCCCAGGCCCCACCGCAUCCUGCAGGCCCUGAGACGCUACGUGCGCGCCGAGAACAAAGACCGCCAGCACACCAUCCGCCACUACCAGCACGUCCUGGCUGUGGAUCCUGAGAAGGCUGCUCAGAUGAAGUCCCAGGUGACGACCCACCUACGUGUGAUCGACGAGCGGAUGAACCAGAGUCUAUCUCUCCUCUACAAAGUACCUUAUGUUGCCGAGGAGAUUCAGGAUGAAAUUGACGAGCUUCUCCAGGAGCAGAAAGCCGACAUGGACCAGUUCCUGUCGUCCAUCUCUGAGUGGCAGCCAGAUGUCACCGUGUCGUCGUCGGAGGAAGAGGAAAGCGUGGAGGUCCCCGUGUCCGAGGGGAAACCCUACCGGCCCGUCCAAGUCAAAUCCCUGGGCUCCCGUCCAGAACUAGAAGGCGAUCUAUCAGACUCCCCACGUGCCUUCAAGAAAGGCUCCGCCAUGUCUGGUUUAGAUGGUCUGAUAGGUGCUGAGGAGAGAAUCAUCAACAGCAAACCCAAGAUCAGCAACAAUGUGGUGAUUGAUGAGUCUCUGGAUGUUAAGGAAGUGAUUUACAGCGCAGAGAGAGUCAGAGUUAUGCAUGAUGAUGAGCUGGAGACCUACCGCCCCCUGGGAGAGGACUUCAGCUUCGGCAGCACUGCGCUGAUCGGCCUGCUGGUGAUCGCGGUGGCCAUAGCAACCGUGAUUGUGAUCAGUCUGGUGCUUUUGAGGAAGAGGCAAUACGGCACCAUCAGUCACGGCAUUGUGGAGGUUGACCCCAUGCUGACACCAGAGGAACGCCACCUCAGCAAGAUGCAGAACCACGGCUACGAGAACCCCACCUACAAAUACCUGGAGCAGAUGCAGAUCUAACAAGAGCCUACAGGGGGCGCUGUGGAGUCACAGAGGGGGAACAUACUACUGACCAAUAACAUAUGCUAUUGUUAAAAUCAUUUGCGUACAUCCAAACUCCAUUUACUGGUUUGUUCGAAACAAUCCUUAAAUAUUGCUACUACUGCUACUACUGCUACUAUUGUACUAUAGAGCUCUUUUUGAUUUCAAAAGGUGAUGUAUCUGCCAUUUUUGCAUUACGGAAAAUGUAAUUCUGCAGAUUUCUCUGUAAUUAUCAAUACAACUCUCUUCAGAUCAAGAUGUAUAACAAUUCUUCAGACGUUUUCUUUCUUUUUUUUUUAAGUAAAAGGCAAAUCAAACAACAUUUAAAUGUAUUUGAGUGGCCAUCAUCGAACCGGCAUACCAGACACUACAGUACUAAUUUUCAUCAUGCAGGUGUCCUUCAUGCAGUUUCUGAUGGUUUCUCUCAAAAAAGAAUUGGUGUUUUUAUUUUGUUUCUUUUUUCCUCUCAAUAGAUUGCCUGUAUAUGAAGGUUCUUUGUACCGAUUAAAAUGUAUAGUGAAACAACAAAUGAGAAAAAAAUGAAAUCAUGAAUUAUUUACUUUCCGUUCUUUGUUAUGAUAACAGACAAAAUAUACAUAUACAGUUUAAAUAUAUAUAUAUAAGAAUAGAUGUUUUUAAUUCACCUUUUGUUUUCCCAGGGAAGAGUCAGUUUGGGGUUCUGAGCUUAGCGGUCAUGAGUCGUGUUUGCAGGCACACUGUAAGAAAGAGUCAGGGAGGGGGGAGGUGUGCACAGACCCCCAGCUCAAACACAUCACACAAAACCUACUCUAAACCCUUACUAAGUGAAUGUGAUAACAUUUCCCCCCUACAACACACAACCACUACCAUUUAUCAAUAGGGAAACAGCAAACAUUGGUAGAUUAAAUAUUGACAUGUGUUAGUUACAUAGUUGAAUGUAUCCUGGAAGCUUUUUUUCCCAUACAUGGCUUUGAUUUAGUGACAGCGGGCGAUGACAUUUGUUUGUUUUUGUUUUUUUGUACAAAUUAUCUGUAGCAAAAACCAAGCACCAGAAAAAUGACUUAAAAAACUAAUGUAGGUAUGAUGUACACACAUUUUGGAGCAGCUGUUGGCUUUGCUGGUCAUAAAGCGUAACAGUCUGAUAGAUCAACACAGGGCCGGUCUAGGGGCACUAACAAUACAAGGAGCACCAUAGAGAGGGCCCAUCUGCCACCAGGGGGCCCCCAAUGAGAGAGAAUGUAGCUUAUACAAAGUUUUCUGACCCUGAACAUACAAAUUUGGGGAUUGUUAGAAAAUAAUUCUGGUGGAUAGUUUGUUUAAUAUGUUGGGGACUUAAACAAUCUAGAUGUUCAGAUGUAUGGGUAGACAGAAAAGCAAGUGCCGGCCCUGGAUCAAAGCCAAUUGAAGACAACUUGGAGCUGGAGGGCUGUGCAGGCAGACAGAGACACACAGAAAGACAAGGCUUGGAGAGCUGGUUUUUACAAACAAAAUAAAAAGGCUAACUUGUGUGUUUUUACAGGUAGAGAAUGACACAAACAAGUCAACUGAAUCCUAGAAUCCUCUUUUCUCUCUCUCUUAGUAUUGUCUUUGUAUGCCUGUAUAGUUGAUGUUGCAAUCAUGGUUUUUUUCCGGAGGAUUACCUGUGGUGUGCAUUGUUCUUAUAUGAAAUGAUAUGAUAUAUAUUUUUAAGUUUGUUUUCUUGUUUUCUAUUUUUUCCUCUUCCUGUGACAGUAUCUCUGUAUGUGACUGUCUCACUAUGCACCCAAACGGCUUCAAUCUUGUAACUGCCUGCUUGAUUGUGGGAAGGGACUGGGAACUAAUGUGUAUAUUAGUGAUUUUAAAAAGAAAUGUGAUUGACACCAAUGGAAACAGACUUAUGGUUACAGGGGGGAUACACAUCAAUAAACUCACAACUUCCAUAUGAA